GUUACUUGUGAAUUGAACAUCUUAGCUGAUUAAAGGUUAUAUUGACUUUCUGGUAGAUGUGCAACCGCCUUCUAGAAGAAGCAUGCAAGAAGGAACCAGGAAAAGUGAACACACUGAGAUUUCAGUGGAUGUCAAAGCAUACAAGUGUCAAAUUUGUGACAAGAGUUAUCCACAGAAACACCACUUGGCUCGUCAUAUUAGAGCACACAAUGAUGAGACACCAUACCAAUGUCUGCAUUGUCAUAAAGAAUAUAAACUAAAACAAUCCUUCACCUACCAUAUGAGAACACAUACUGGUGAGUCACCGUACCCUUGCCUAUUAUGCGAUCGGUCGUUCCGUUCUCGGCAAUCGCUCGACUACCACGUACAAGCACAUUCAGGUGAUAAACCCCAUGCAUGUGAAAUUUGCAACAAAAGAUUCUCCCGCAAAGGUCAUUUGAAAUACCACCAGAGGACGCACACAGGUGAGAAACCAUUCCCUUGCUCGUUGUGUGAUAAAAGCUCAAGGUCCAAACAGGCUUUGGAAAUGCAUAUGCGAAGUCAUACUGGUGAGCGUCCGUUUAAAUGUAAAAAGUGCCAUAAAUGCUUCACACAAAACAGUGCUUUGGAUAAUCAUCAAAAAAUACACACAGGUUUGAAACCGUUCCAGUGUGAGCUCUGUGAAAAACGAUUUGGUCAGAAAGGCAACUUGGAACAUCAUCUGCGAAUUCAUACCGGGGAAAAACCAUUCCAAUGUGAACUAUGUGCUACGCGAUUUGCACGUAAGGAUUACCUUGAGCAGCAUUUGAGAAAGCACACCGGGGAGAAACUAUAUCGAUGUAUUCAGUGCUCAAAAUCUCUGAGUUCAAAGCAGUCACUGGACUGGCACAUGAGAACACACACUGGUGAGAAACCAUAUCAGUGUGAAUUAUGUGAACGGAAGUUUGCCUUGAGAACAACAUUGAAUCACCAUAUGGUAACUCACUCAGGAAAAAAACGAAAGAAAAGAAACAGUUCAAAAAAACCAACGAAUUUCUUGCAAAUGGAAAUACAGCACAGUGAACAACCUUUUCUUUUUGCCCAGACUGAGAAAAUAUUUUUCGAAAUUUUUUUAAAUACAUCAAAAUUUAGAAAACAAAGCAAAUCUUUGCCAUCGUUAAAAGGACUCGUAAAGAAAAUUAUCUCGUGCUACCACCUGACUCAUUGUGUGAUAUGUCCGUUGACCACAAUCUGCUUAACGGAACAUUUCCGUAAAAAUGUUUUUGAGACUGAAGGGUAUGAAGAGUUCAGGCCUUUAUUUUUUAUGUGA